GUGCUCAAUGCUGAAUAUCUGCAACUCAAGGGCAUUGUAUAUUUGUACCUAAUUAUGUCUUCUGGUUCGGAUACGGGCAACAUACAGGAGUCUAUAAAACAUGGCCUUAUUCCAGGUGUGUCUCAGUUUAAAAUGGUGAAUUACUCGUAUGAUGAAGAUCUUGAGGAACUGUGUCCAGUAUGUGGAGAUAAAGUCUCUGGGUAUCACUAUGGACUUCUUACCUGUGAAAGCUGCAAGGGGUUCUUUAAACGAACAGUCCAGAAUAACAAAAGGUACACGUGCAUAGAAAAUCAAAGCUGCCAGAUUGAUAAAACUCAGAGGAAGCGUUGCCCAUAUUGUCGAUUUCAAAAAUGUCUAAGUGUUGGAAUGAAGUUGGAAGCUGUGAGAGCUGACCGAAUGCGUGGGGGCCGAAACAAAUUUGGACCAAUGUACAAGAGGGACCGGGCACUGAAGCAGCAAAAGAAAGCCCUCAUCCGAGCAAAUGGACUCAAGCUAGAAGCCAUGACUCAGGUGAUUCAAGCAAUGCCCACUGACUUAACAAUAUCCUCUGCAAUCCAGAACAUCCACUCUGCCUCCAAAGGCCUAUCUCUGAACCAUACAGCCUUGCCUCCAACAGACUAUGACAGAAGUCCCUUUGUGACCUCUCCAAUUAGCAUGACAAUGCCCCCACAUGGUAGCCUACAAGGGUACCAGACCUACAGUCACUUUCCAAGCCGUGCUAUUAAGUCUGAGUACCCUGACCCUUACACUAGCUCCCCAGAGUCAAUAAUGGGCUACUCAUACAUGGAUGGUUAUCAUCAGACAAGCUCGCCAGCAAGUAUUCCUCACCUGAUAUUGGAACUCUUGAAGUGUGAGCCAGAUGAGCCUCAGGUCCAGGCAAAGAUCAUGGCAUACUUGCAGCAAGAGCAAGCCAACAGAAGCAAACACGAAAAGCUCAAUACCUUUGGGCUUAUGUGCAAAAUGGCUGACCAAACCCUCUUCUCAAUUGUUGAGUGGGCCAGGAGUAGCAUUUUCUUCAGAGAACUAAAGGUUGAUGACCAAAUGAAGCUGCUUCAGAACUGCUGGAGUGAACUCUUAAUUCUGGAUCACAUUUAUCGGCAAGUGGUACAUGGGAAAGAAGGCUCCAUCCUUCUUGUCACUGGGCAACAAGUGGAUUACUCAGUAAUAGCAUCACAAGCAGGAGCCACACUCAACAAUCUUAUGAGUCAUGCACAAGAGCUAGUAUCAAAACUACGAUCUUUGCAGUUUGAUCUACGAGAGUUCGUGUGUCUCAAAUUUUUGGUGCUAUUCAGUUUAGAUGUCAAAAAUCUAGAGAACUUCCAGCUGGUGGAAGGUGUUCAAGAACAAAUAAACACUGCUUUGCUGGACUAUACAAUGUGCAACUAUCCACAGCAGACAGACAAAUUUGGUCAGCUUCUUCUGCGACUCCCGGAAAUCCGGGCCAUCAGUAUGCAGGCUGAAGAAUACCUCUACUACAAACACCUGAAUGGGGACGUGCCAUGUAAUAACCUCCUCAUUGAAAUGCUGCAUGCAAAAAGAGCAUAAAUUAUACCCUUUCACAGCUUCUACAUUUGAGAAAAGAAAAAAAAAUACUCUGAACUGCUCCAAGCAACCCUAAUUAAAAGAACUUGGUUUAAAAGAACUUUGCAAAAAAAAUGGUAUAAUAAUCAAAUACUUAAUAGUAAAUAAGUGAUGUAUCAGGGUAUUUGUAUUGCAAACUGUGAAUCAAAUGCUACACAGUCUCUCCAAAGGAACAUGUAUAGGACUUCAUCACUGGAUUGAAAGGAAGCGGAUACCAUUGCCAAUGUGAAACAAACAAACAAACAAAAGGACUGAACAAUUCUUGUAAGUUACACUUUGUCAAUUAACACUAUGAAGAGAAAUUUUAGAACACCUUUUAUCUGUGUUAUUAAGCUAAAAGAGGCGAGGGGAUUUAUAUGCACUAAGUUCCUUCAAUGGUUAGCAAGACUGAAAACACCUCUGAAGGAUGUAAAACUGCAACCUCCUUGGGCCAUCCUUCCAAGAACUUCUCUCUUCUUCAAGCAAGGACAUGGCACCAAUCCGUGAUAAAGAUCUGGGGUCGGCCACAUCCGCAGUAUAGAUAGUAGCACCACCAAAUCAAGAGAAACAAACAAAGCCUGGUUUUUGAACUGUCUGUGACUCAGGCCUGCAAUCAGUGAAUAUGAAAGAGGGGGAAAUCUGUUUGUAUGUUAGCUUGGCAUUCUUGAUAUGUUUCCAAAAAAACUUUAUUUUGUUUUUUGUCAUUGUGUUCAUGUUGUUGGUCAGGCAGUAUCCCUCUUCUGCUGAUGGAGUGAGGAAUAGCCACAAGCGUCGAGACUGAAAAACCAUUUUUGGACUGUGUUUCCAGCUCAAAUAUUGCUGGAAUGGCUUCUCAAAGCUUUUUAGUGCCAAAUGGGUUUGUGGAUGCUAUUUACUCUUUCAGAAGUCCUCUCAAAAGCAGCAUUUCUUGGGGAUUUCAAGUAGCAGCAUCUCUAACUAAUGUACCCCCCAAAGAGUGUUAUGCUCAGCAAGCAACACUUUAAUAGUAGUCCCUGGCCCAAAAAAAUGUCUGUCUGUCUGUCCUCAACCAGAGCAAGAGGCUUUUUGGCUUUGCCUCUAGCCAGGUGGAAUGCUCCUUCAAGUGAGACCUGGGCCUGUGGGACUUACCUGAAUUCCAUAGGAGCUGUCAGAUGGAGAUGUUUCCCCAGGCCUAUAGUUGGCAGCAGUGACAGUAUCCAUCUUGGCUAGCCCUUCCCUUCUUUUAUCCCUUUCCUUUUUUAUUUGCCUUGUCCCAUUUUCUUAUCUUCAUUUUAGGAACUCCGGUAUGAUCCUUUGGUCGUGAUUUGUUCCCUCCUUUUGAUUGGUUUAUCUACUGAUCUUUAGGGCGUCGAAAACUCAAGAAUUUUAAAGAAUUGGGGUUAAAUUGUAUAGCUGAAUUUAUUAUUGCAAAAAGUGGUUGUUGUGAGCACCCUGAGCCCUUCUUGACGGAAAAGAGCAGGCUACAAAUCCAAUAAAUAAAUACCCACAGUCAGUCAGCGCAGUGGCAUGGGGGGGGGCAUGGCCAAGCCAUGGAGGGGGCGUUCCGGGCUGUUCCAGGGCAAGGGCGGGCAUCGCCGCAGCAGGGGUGCAGGGUGUAUGCGUGCCCCAGGCACAGUUCCCCCUCGCUUCGCCGCUGAGUCAGCAACCUAGUUAAACUGAAGUACUUGGAUUUCAGGAGGUAACACAGUCCAGGGAUUUCCAUUUAUACUUUAUUGCCAGUGUAAUGUGGUGAUUAGAGUGUAUGACUAGGAUCUGGGAGACCCAAAUUCAGAUUCCUACUCUACCAUGCAGGGGCAUAGCUACUUAAAAUGGCACCACAUGCCCCCCCCCCCGCUGCACCCCAUCCUUGCCAGGACAGGGGCACAAUUGAAGGCCAGAGAGCAGGGCUCACCCCACCUGCAGUCUCCACUAGAGAUUGGGGAUGGGGCCAGCCAGACUCACCCCAUCCCCAUCUCCACAUGGAGGUCAGGAGGGACCAGGCAGCUCAUCCACAAUCCUCCACAGAGAGAUGGGACUGACUUCAGCCAGUCUCAAAUGGAUCCUUGCUGCUCCCAUCUCCACGUGGAGAUCAACAAUGGGGCCAGCCAGAAGGUGGCAGUGUAUAAGUUCCUUUCCUCACUCUUGCUUUCCAGUAUGCUCUGAAUUGCUUUCCUGCAUGCUCUUUCUGCCUGAAGAACAUUUGUGAAAACACGGCAUAGACCUGCCAAGCAGAAAGUAUAUAUAACAAUCUACUGGGAACCACAAUACAUGAUUGGCAGACUUCAUUAACCUUGGUGGGCCUCAAGUUAUGUGGGUUGCUCUGAAAUUGCCAGUUGGCCAUUUGUUACUCAUCUGACCAAUAGUCAAAAGUCAAAUUACCUUUUCUGACAUUUAGAUAUAAAAUGAUAUAAUAAAACUUAUUAGCUGUAACUUGUCUUAACUAAAACUUCUGGUUAAAUUGUUAUACUCUACUUCAGCAAGACAAUUUGCAGAGGGCUGGGCAGUUUCUUCACAUUUAAGAUUGAUUGGAAUAAUAACUUCUGUUAAAAAAAAUUGGCCACCAUUGCUGCUGCGUCUGAAUCCUUGUCACAUAUGAAGAGUUGGAUUUACUCAUCUGACCAGUAAACCUACAUUCUGGCAGGAAACAAAUAUUACAGUCUUGCAAGCCAAAGGUGGCAUGACAAAGUUCAUACCCGCCAAGUUCCAGUCACAGUGCAUCAGAUUCCACCCUGACUCAACCACCAAAUUGACACUUAGUCUUAGCUAAGCCCUAGUUUGACAUGUUCUUUCCUUGUCCCUGGCCCUUAGCUUUACCUGCCCCUGCCUGAAGAAUGGCCCAGGACAGUAUUUUUGAAAUUAAUGGUUGCCAUCCCUAUAUGGUUCUAUCUCAGCUACUACGUUCAUGCAAGAAGAGAAUGCAAUCACAUUAUGACAUCUUGCACUGAUGUAGUAAUUUGCAAGUCCAUACUUGCGAAGUGCUUAAAACCAAGUACAUGAACUUGAACCAGUUUCUGGAUCAUAUGGUAGGUGACAGAAGCCAAUUAACACAAUACUUUUACCUAUGCAAGUAAAGACACUCAAAAUGUAUAAGCUGAGAAAUUCAAGCAGUUGAAUAGUAUUACAAGGAUUAUGAAAAACAACCAAUUUUAGCACAGUCUUUUUGAAUGAGAAAAUAAUUAUACUAGCAAAGUGACUAAAGUCUUUUGUGUGAGGACGGAAGAGUGAUACUGCGGUAUCUAUGUAGACCAAAGUCUGCUGCAGAACAAAUACUGGAGGAGUACAAAUAAUGCUCUAUCCAAAAUGAAGAUAUCAGUAUUAUAAAAUGUAGUGCCAGAGUUAUGAGAGCUUUGCCUUACUUCAGAAUCCUGAAUGGUAACUGCAUAGAUGCAGAUCAACAUAAGUUUAGAGGGGGAAAGUAUUAAUUCUACA